CUACGUCGGGCUAGCAGUCCCGCCAAUGUCUGCCUCAGAUGGGCCCAACAAUCCGCGAUUGUGAACGGGAGUCUUUAUUUGUACGGAGGUCAGGCUACAACACAGCCAUCACAAACGACCGAUACCUGGAACAACAACUUUCUCAGCCUGGAUCUCACCAAGACCUGGCAAAUUUCCUCGCCUGCCUUGACGGGUCUGCCACAACCUUCGGGUCCGCCCAGUGUUGCAUUGGGCUACCUGUGGCACUCUCGCGAUUCACUGUACCUUUAUGGUGGGCAGUUCGAAUGGAAACCCUCGCGCGGCACCGUCACCCCAGUGCCAUUUGCCUUGUGGCAAUACGAUGUCCCAUCAGCAUCAUGGAAGCAACACAGUAACCCACUGACGUCUGGCGGCGUGAACGCACCGAGCAACAAUGCACCAGUACAACGUGCUGCCGAGGGAGCUGGCGUUAGCGUCCCUUCGCUCGGACGAGGUUUUUACUUUGGUGGUCACCUUGAUGCUUAUACGACUCCGGGCUGGUCGGUGACCAUCGCUCGAGUCUACUUGCAAUCUCUUCUCGAGUACACAUUUCCUGGCGUCCCUAAUGAUCAGGUUACCUCUCUUGCUAGUGGUCAAAAGGCCGGCGCAGAUGGAGCUUAUCGAAACAUCACCGUUGGUGGUCUCCAGUCGCAAGCAGGGUUCACCAACCGCGCUGAUGGCCUCUUGCUAUACGUUCCCGGUUUCGGCGACCAAGGCAUCCUGCUGGCCUUGGCCGGUGGCACCAACCAGACUUUUACUCAAAUGAACAGCAUCAAUGUAUACGAUAUCGCCAAGAGUAGCUGGUAUACUCAAUCGACAUCAGGACCAACUCCGAACAUUAGAGUCAAUCCAUGUGCCGUCGUUGCUGCUGCCGCCGACGGAAGCAGCUACAACAUCUACAUGUUUGGAGGACAGAACUUGAUUCCUUACGGACAGCAGGUGCAAUACAACGAUAUGUGGAUUUUGACUAUCCCUUCUUUCACCUGGAUCAAGGUCGACCAAGACGGACAGUCCGUCCCAUACGGUCGUGCCGGAGCGACUUGCAAUAUCUGGAAUGGUCAAAUGGUCAUGGUCGGUGGUUACGUCGGCGACGAACUCAGCUGUGAUAGUCCUGGUGUCUAUGUGUUCGACCUCAGCACUUUGAAGUGGAUGAACCAGUACACCGCUCUAGAUGCUGGAUCUAAUAAUGCAUUUAAUCAACAAGCUGCACAGGUUGCCAAUGCCACAAACCCGGGCGGUCUGGAAGGAUCCUACAACUAUCAAGUGCCAGAUGCUGUCAUAGCUGUCAUUGGUGGUAACAAACUCGGUGGCGCGACCAUCACCGCGCCUGUCGCUUCUGCAACUGAAGGUCCUCUCGCGACCGGCAAACCAACCACUUACACCGUCACAAACCCUGAUGGGUCCAUUGCAACAGGUGUCAGUGGAGCCGGGAACGGCGCAAAUGCUUCACCCUCGAACAACACUCCCCGUACCGCUGCCAUCGUCGUUGGUGUCAUCGCCGGCAUUCUCCUCAUACUAGCCGCGUACCUCGCCUUCUGUGCCUACAUCUACAGGAAACAAUUGAAGCUCUACAAGCAACACGCCGAGCUCCUCCAGCAGCAGCAACACAGCCAACAACAAGGUCUCGCCGCGGCUGCUGGCGCCGGCUUCCUCGCCAAAUCCUCCUCGGAAAAGUCACCCUCCCAUCACCGCCUCUCGGGCUCCAACAUCGUUAUGAGCCGCAACUCCGAAAUCGGCAGCUUCCACAGCGGUGAUGAUCUGGCGCCAGCGAUGACAACGACUACCGCGCCUGGAGGUUAUCACAGCCUUCUACCCGCUACGGCAGGGGCAACAACGGUGAAGAGGAGGAAUAGCCAGGACAGCGGCGUUGAGGAUCUGUUAUCCGCGCACGAACCUACAUUCGUCGGUGUCAUGUUGCAUCCUCGAAGAAGUCUGCGGAUCGUGAAUCGCGACUGA